GUAUAAUCAAUUAAUGAGGUACCUAAAUAAACAGGUUUUAGGGUAAAUAGAGGUGGGACAGGCCAGAUGCAGCACAACCCGGAGGUAGAGAGAGAGAGCGUCCCGUCCCAGCCUGCCUGCUUGUUUACACUCUCCCAGCUGAGCCAUCCCCUGCCUCACAGUCCAGGUCACUCACGGUGCCUCGUAUGUAUGCAUCAAUUGAGCCACGGGCGUAAGUACAAGGCUGAAAAUGGACUCCGGAAUCGACUCCACCGAGAGUAGUAACGGCAGCGCGGAGGAGGUGGAAGGGGCCAUGGAGGCAGCCCCGCUCGUGGACCCCCUCAGCGCACCAAAUUACAAGAACGCUGGAGCCUUGUCGUCAUCAUCUUCGUCAUUGUCACCCUCCUCGUCCCCAUCGUCCUCAUCUAGCCUCCCCACAGCCCGCCCCAACACUCCUUCCUCCUCUUCCACCGUAGCUCUCCUGUCCACUGGCUCCGCGCCGUCCUCCCUCAGGGUGCUCGCGGCCUCCACCGUCAACGAAAUACAGACCGAGGUGCUGGAGAAUGGCAAAAAUCAAAGUGAGCCCAUCCAGGGAGGCAGCCAGGUGGUGAUGAAGACUCCACCAAACACUCCUGCACAUGCUACAUUUAAGCUGUGGAUGGUUGAAGCCUCAAGUAAGACUGGCAAUACUGAAAUCAAGGAGAACAGUCACCUGCAGCUGCACUUCCCAUUGCCCAGCAGAGGCUCCUCUGAUGACAGCAGGGAGAACACAUUUGACCUGGACCCUCCUCCCGGCCUGACCUUUGCCAAUGUUUCACCAUCCAUGUGUCUCAGCCAUGGAUAUGAAGUGUACUCUCAAGGCUAUGCAGUACUUCCCUAUGAACACAAUGCACUCAAGAAGAAGCUUAGAACGCUGCGACUCAGGAUGAGGCAGCAACACUACAAGAUAUUGUGUGCUAAAUCAAAACAAAGGAAGCUGAGAAUAGCUGUCAGCCUGAACAAUGUGGCAUCUGUGGAGCAGCUUCUGGACGAAGGUGUUGACCCCAGAGUGACAGACAACAAGGAGAGGUCACCUUUGCACAUUGCUGCAUCAAAAGGUUAUGCAGAAAUUGCUCGGCUGUUGCUGCAGCAUGGAGCAGAUCCCAAUCAGAAGGAUGCCAUUGGUAACACAGCACUCCAUCUGGCUGCUUGCACCUCCAACAUCCCCAUGGUGACUUUGCUUCUCAAGUCAGGCACCAAUGUGAGACAGGCUGACAACCAGGGCUACUCCCCCCUCCACCUGGCACGCUCCAAACUCAAGCUGCUGCAGCGAGACAACUCCUCCUCCUCGUGUGACAUUAAGAAGCAAGUCUAUCAGGUGAUUGAAAUGAUGCAGACAUUCCUGGAGUGCUCAGGGAGUGCCGAGGAGGCAGAGCUCCUGAACUGCUUCACCACCCAGCUGUCCCUCUCAGACACUCGCCAGGAUGUGCAGGCACUCCUUGAUUCACUCAACAACCUCAGCCUCACCAGCAACUCAACCACCACCACUGCUUCCACCACAAACACCAUUACCACUUCCUCUGCCACCUCCACAACCUCUUAGAUUCUCAUUCUCUUCACAUAGAUGGUUAGAAAUGUAUGAGUAUAAUUUUUAUUUUUGUCAUUGAACAAAUAAGCAAGCAACAUCGAACUCAAACUUCCUCACUCUCCCUCCUUGAUCUGAUCUUUGGAGUGCUACAGAAUUAUUAGGUUGUGGAAUGUUGAAAUGGAAGAUUAAGAUGGAAAGAACUCUUUUCUCUUGUGACACAGAGUAAGAGAGAAAGGCAAACCAAGUGCAUCCUUAUUCUCAGUGUUGUGAGUGUCUUUUGACAAUUGCAUGCUUGCUUAGCAGCAAUGCCACCCAGGUAUGUGUUUACCUUCUCAGUUCAUGGUUCCAUUUUCAUUAUUUAUUUAACUUUUCAAAUAGAAAUUUAUAUUUUAUCUGGAUGCAAGAUGCAAUUUGUAGUGUCUUUCAUUGAUCUACCUAUCAUCAAGUGUAAGUUCUUAUUUAUUUGCCUUUUCAGCAGUCGGCAAAACUAAUUGGAAACCAAAGUAUUCUCAAGACUUGCCUAACAAAGUAAUGGAGUAUGAAACCCAGGCAUAACCUAAAGAAUAGUUAUUAUCAAUAUUUUUAUCCAUAAUUUUAGUAGUAAGUGUCAAACUCAACUUUCAAAAAAAAAAAAUUUAGAAAUCACAGACAUCUAUUGAAACCACAUCUUCAUUUGCAAAUAAUUUUUAGCUUUAAUUCAACACAAAUCCUUAUGGCUGUGUAGUUUUACUGGCUUCUAUGCAAAGAUGGGGGCCAGUGCAAGGUUAUGGCCUUGUUUUUUAAUGUAGAGGAUGCAAGAUUUCCAAGCCCAGUCUUGCAGUACAUAACUUGCAGGGAAAAUCAGGAAUGAAGCAAUGGCCAGUGAAGUGACCAGAUCCCUCCCCAUUGCUGUUAUGAUCUGUAUAGAGCAUCACAUUUAUGUAUUCACAUCAGUCUUACUUCCUCUAAAUGAAUUCAAGACUGCAACAGUGUACAGCAAAGAGACUUGGGCUGAAAGUCUCACAUCAUAAAGGUAAAUAUAUACAAGUACAAAAAUUGCUCAUGUCUGAAGAUAAUUAAUCAGUUGUUAGAGGGAUGGGUGGAAGGCAGGGCAAUGUUUAGUCUUGCCUGAGAGCUGAAGGACAUAUUCCAGCUACAUGGAAGAUAAUAUUUAUAAAACUGGGAGAUUGUAAGCUACAAUUGUGCUCGUUUUUACAACAGUUUUCUUCAUUUUGCAAAUACUAGAUUGUGUAUGAUGUAAAUUUGCUGGUUGUGUGCUGCAUAUGUGUGGCUGCUUUUCAUGGAUGACUUUUUUUUUUCUUAACAUAUGACUUGUGCACCUUGCCCCUUGAUCCAUGUAAAUAUUUCUGGCAUGUCUCAUUGUCCAACUGGUCUCAUAAUUUAGACAGUCACUCAUGUGCUGGUAUAGGCAUUAAUAGCCUCAUGUUUCAUGAAUACAUUUUAAAUACAGUAAUCCUUCAUUAUAAAGAAUGAGAUAUAAUGAACACUGCUUAGAACAGACCAAAUGUAGAAUUCAAUAUAGUAUUUACUUCAAUCUAAUAAUGAAAUAUCAAUUCAGCUCUAAUAUUUUUGGCUUGAUGAAUAUCUAUAAUAAAUGGUGAUUGAGGGGCAGUCAUUGCAGCCUGUGAUGGUGGUCAGGGCCAGCAGACAGACAGCAAAAUUAUGUUGAGUCAGCCCUGCACCUAGCAAGGCUGGCACGAUGUGCUGCAUUGGAUGCGAUCAACACUAUGCCCAUCACACACUGGAGUCUUAGAAUAGUUUUGGUUUCAGUGGUCACACUUAGCACAUGGGUCAUUGUCACUGCAUCUUACUUAUAUUGUGAUGUCAGCAGAAUCACUGCAUGGGGAUCAGUUCUGAAGGGUAAGAAGUAGAAUUAAAGGAACUAAUUCCGAAUUUAUUCCUGUCCAUUCCUACUGUCUGUAAACAGACCUGUUGAGCUAUAAGGUGUGAGGUUCUCAUGAAACAUGCAUAACUUUUGGAUAUGAACAUGGUGUUCAUAUUAGUGGACGAAAAGUUAUUUUAUAUAUUUAUUUAUUUACUUUUUUUUGGUUAUUUAUUUAUUUUAUUUUUAUUCAUUUAUUUAUUUAUUUUAUUUAUUUUAUUUUUUCUUCCUAAUGGGUUGUAUUGAGUGGCAAACAUAAUGUUGGCUAUGAGCCUGGAAUAAAAUACCCCAAAAUGCAUAUAUUUCAACAGAUGAUACAACAGACGCUAUAUAUAAUGAAAGACGUCCUGCAACCAACCAAAUAGUUAAGUAGUUUAGAUUGUCACCAUCACAGGCUGACAUCCCCUCUAAAGGUGGGUAAUUAAGAUGAGGUGUAUAAAUGCAUUGCAUUCCUUUCACAAUUGCAUUCAUAAGCAUUCCUUCAUAUAUUUGCCUUUAGGCCUCUAAGGGAGAGAAGGCUGAUUCUCACCAACAACACUGAAAACCUGCAGUAUACAAUGUAGUGAUGCAAUGAAGUGCAUGAUGGAAGGUGGCCAUGGAAGGGACCAUAUUUUACCAUUGUGGAAGCAAGAUCAUAUGGUGUGUGGGGAGAGGAGUGGGGUGGUGUGGGUGAGGAAAGUUGUAAAUGUGAGAAUUGGAAAGGGAGGAAAGAAAAAUAAAGUAAUUUUUAAGGGAAAUAGUGCUCAUUGCUGCUCAGUAUUAUUCACCAGUGACAAGAAGAAGGUAUUUGUGCUGAAGCUUCAUGCUAACUCAGUCUGAUGUAAACGGUGGAGUGUUCAGUGCUGCCAGUUAUAUAUGUAUAUAUACUAAUAAUUUUUACUUAUUUAUUUUUAUUUUUAUUUAUUUAAUUUUUUUUUAUCACCACAUGCUCUUCUUAUGUGAUAAGGCUAGAGACAAAUAUUUAUGUGACUUCCUUAUUCUGUAUAUGAGGAUAUGGAUGCCACUAUCUAUUAAAUCACAAAUAUAGAUGAUGUUAUUGUAUAAUUUUAUCUCAAAUCUAGAUUUUAAAAUUAUGUGGAUGUUUCACAUAUGCAGAUGCAGAUAUCCAGUACAUCUCCAGUACCUACAGUGUCAUGGUAUUCCUCUUUAUUCAUUCAGAAAUUGUGCAUCUCAUUCACAUAGUGCAUCCUUGAAACCAUUAUCUCACCUCAUUAUUACUGCAUCCUUCCACUCUUUCUCCAUUUAUAGUAAUCUUUAUGCAAGAUCAUCACAGCUCAAAUCUUUGACUUGUUCCCUUCACAUACAAAGACAGCAGCUAACAUUAUUAAUUACUUGUGGAAUUAGUAAUAAUGCUGCUCAGAAUGCAGCACAGCAGUGCACUCUCUAUGUUGAAGGCAAGUACUUUACUUGAAAUAGCAUAAUGUAAAAUAUGUUAAAUAAAUUUCAUCUUAGAAAUCAUUACAAAAUAAACCAGAACAAAAUUAUCUGUGCCAUCUGCUUUGCACAGGAUCAAUAAUAUUGUCAUCCAUGGUAUAGAUAGUGAGCAGCUGAUGCCAUCUGCCACAUGUUGAAGCUUGGUAUGAGUAAGUCAUUUUAUGCACAGUCACUUAGAUCUCAGUUUCUACAACAAUACAGCGAGAGACAGAACCACUGUCAAACAAGAUUCACAUCAUAGGUGUCAGACCAUCACACGUAUUGAUUGAAGAAGGCUGCCUACACCGUCCAUCUGUCUCACUGAUAACACUGGAAAGUGUGGCCAACUCUUUGCUAACAAAGAAAAUUUAUGAAAGGAGGAAGCUACAUGUGUAUCUUGAUAAUAAUGUUUUGCUGUAGAAUGCAGAUUCAGAAUUUGGAAAAUAUUAGACCAUUUUGACCUUUCUAUAGGAAUGAGUUGACUUUUAGGAUGAAAGUGAGUAUUUCUUAUUCAUCUGACUUUUUUUUUUUUUUACCAUUGAAGUUUUCAUAUAUUUAACCAUCAAAAGUACAUGUGGUAUUUAUUUUAAUUGAAUAAUGAAAUAUACGUAAGGAAGUGGGACAACAUCUGUUUCUGUACCUUAUCAGUGUUUAGGUACAGGUAAGUGUUAAACAUCAAAAAUUUAAAGAUUAGGGAGUUUUAGUGGAUAAUCAGUUCUUGCCAUUACCAGUAUUUUUAAUGAUUUCUAUAAUGUCCUUAUAAUGAGUAUCCAUUCUCUUACAUUUCUGUAGUGUACUAUGGCAUAGGUUCUCAUUGGCUGUACUGUGCAAUGUAAUCGAUGUAAUGGUAAUUUUCUGAAUUAUUAAGAAAUUUCUCUGGACUAGAGAGGCUAGAAUAUAAGGACAGGCUAGUGAAGACCAAACUCUGAGCCACCAGGAUGAAGCCAAUGGGAGGUAGUGAUACUGCCACACCUGAUUCCCAGUGACUACACAGAGUUUGGUGGCCCACUGCUUAACAAAUCAUUUUCCUCAAGAUCAGUUUUAGGCAUUAAUGGGUGUGAUCUGAACCAACCCCUCCUCUUGUUGAGUCUCAGAGUCACAUCAUUACUUGCCCACAUCAUGCUGUAUCUUCUGAAAUGUAUUUAUAUAGCCUCACCCAUGACAAGUAGUUAUAUGCAGUGGAGUAGCUGUAAUUGAACUUCAGUCUGCAAGCUUAAGAUAUAAACAUUACUUAACAAGCAUUAUGUGAUCACUGCAGGCUGAUUAAGUUUUAUUGGUCUUAUGUGUCCAGCUACCUAUUCAGAAGCACUGUCUUAUACUCACUGUGGCAAGUGUUACAUGCUGGUGAGUGACAUGAAGGAAAAAAGAUGGCUUCAUAUGACAACAGUGGCUGGUUCCUAUCACAAAAGUGACUACUGCUCUAGACAAGAAUAUUAGAAUGUUGAUCAUCAUUCACUUGAAGAUAGCAUGUGAGAUUAAAUUUUGAUACUUGGCUGAAAAAAAAUCUAGUUUGAAUUUUUUUUAUUUCUUUCAGUUUGAUAACUGUGCUUGCAUGCGUAGGAAGGAAAGGGGCAUGGUAUCUGUUUAACUCGGAAUUACUGCAUCAAAACCCAUGUAAAGAUCAAAAUUAGCUGUUUUCCUCCUUUGUAUAAUAAUGAUGCUUAGAUACUAGCACAGCCAUCAUUUGUUAAUUGGUUUGUGAUGUGGAGGCAGACUUACUGUCAUGCCACAGGUUUUUGAACUUAGAAGUAUUAAAAGUGUUUUGUAUAUCCUUUGUUUUAUAUUUUGAAGUCUGAAAAUGUUAGUACAUGUAUUUAAAGUAGAGUUAUUUUUAUACUGAAUAUUAGUGAAACAAGUUUAUUUGGGAAUAGGAAAAGCUAGCCAUUGUAAUCAACAGUUUUGUGGUGCCCUAGUAAUGAGAAACAUUUUUACAAUGCCCUCUUUAAUGCUACACAGAUCUUUUAUGGUUAAAUUGAUUGUAAAUUAUGUAAAUAAGUAUUUUUUUCUUUUUUUUUUUUUCUUUUUUUUUUUUUAACUCUACCCUUUCUUUGAGGAACUAAAAGGCCUGGGAUGGUGUGGUCAUCUGGACUGGGAAGUGUCCAGUGCACCUCAGAGGCCGGAUUAGUGUGUGUCAAUGUACAUGAGCUGCCAAAUAAAUAUACUUUGAGAA